AUGCCACCCCCUGUUGACGACGAUGUAGACAAUAACAACGAAUUGUCUGACAGUGAUGUCGACAAUAGGAACACCCCAGGUUCCCGCAAGUCUAGGCGACCAGGUAUCAAGUGGACUGCUGACCGUACUGAUCGUCUCCUAGACUGGCUGGAACAGAAUGUCGAAAAGCGACAUUUACUUUUCUCUGAUUCUCAGGAAGAUGCCACCAAGGAGAGUAGAAAGAAGGGACAGGCUAAGUCUAGCAAUAUGGUGUUACACGGGGAGCUUGCACAGUAUGUAUUUGGUGUGGAGAGUGAUCCGACUAUUUGUGCAACUCUCAAGUCCGAUCCGGCGAGGUAUACAAAGGCGGUCGAUAACCACCUCUCUUCGCUGAAGAAAAAAUACUGUCAGUCUUGUCAGGAGCUGGGCCGUACUGGAGCUGGUCUUACGUUUGAGCAACUAGAGAGGAACCCCAAGUAUAUGGGACCAAUUGGUGCAAUCACGGCCAAGUUCAAAAUGUUCCAUUGUUUGCAUGGCUCCUGGAGGAAGAUCCCCAGCUACAACCCUUUCACAACAUCAUCAGAUGCAGGUCAAGAUCAUGAGGUGCAGGCUUACAAUCUUCUGUUCUCAAACACGCGUGGUCGGGGUCAUACUAGCCACCAUGAUGCAAGCGAUGUGGCCUCAGCCAUGGCGCUGGAUAUCCCUGCACAGCAGCAGCACUACCCAGUCGACACGCAGACAACGAGCCAAUUAAAUCUGAACUACCACCCGCCAAAUCAGCAACUCCAUCGGCUUCACUCCAUGCCUCAGUAUGUUAACCAUCACAACAGCUCCCAUGUGGACCCGAGCAUGACUUUGUCCUCUGUGUUGUCCAUGCCUUAUGGUUCUUCAUUAACGUCGUUACUGUCUAUGACAACUGACCCAAAUCUCUUUCACUCGAAUGCUUCCAGCCUUUUUCCUGGGGCUUAUCAUCAAUCAUUAUCUUCUCUGUUUUGGGAUAACCACUCCAUCUCUUCAUUUGAGUCUCUUUUUGCUAAACUGCAGCACGAUACGCUGGGUCAGGGUCAAGGUCAGCCCGUACUCCCAAUGUCUCCUUUACCCCAACCCCAAUACCAGACAUCUUCGAUCUCUGGUGCUUUGGGGAUGCCACUUCCCAUGUCUCCCACCUCGGACAACAACAACUCUGGUUUCUCCGCAAACCAGUAUCCGCCCUCUCCUACAUCUAGUUUCUUUUCCGAUCAAUCACCUGCCUCCCCUGCAUCCGGACAAUCCAACUUUUUCUCAAACUUACCGCCGACUUCUACUUCGCCUCCUGUUUCUCCAUCUAUUCCUGCUUCGAAAAAAGGCAAGUGUCCUGCUACGUCUGUAAACAUCAGAAACGCCCUUCGUAAUCAGCUGGCUGCAUCAGACAAAGAAGCUGUCCAGGAGUAG